GUGGGAUACAGUAAGUGAGGGAAUAUAGAGAGAGUCGGAUCGAAGAUUUUCAGAUUGUUACUUAUCCGGAACACAUUGCAAUUGGCAAUCCUACACUCUCCACACCAAGCGAGCAGAAUUAGCCUCAAAAAGUGCCCCCCGCUCUCCCUCCAGCAUCGACUGCAGUCAUACCGAAAGGAGUCCACCAAUUUUCCCAUUCCAUUCCUUUUCUCUUUCUUCUUUUCUUCUCUUUUUCUAGAAACGGCAGAGAAGGUCCUAUAAUCUCCACAUUCAGCCUCAUCCAGCCAGCCACAUACAAAAAAGCAGAGAAAAGAAGAAGAAGAAGAAGAAGAAGGAAAAAGAACAUGGGGAAAUCGUCAAAAGACAAGCGAGAUGCAUACUACCGGCUCGCCAAGGAAGAAGGGUGGCGCGCACGGUCAGCGUACAAACUGCUGCAGCUAGACGAGGAAUUCAAUCUCUUCGAGGGCGUGACUCGAGUCGUGGAUCUGUGUGCAGCACCGGGAAGCUGGAGCCAGGUGCUCUCGCGGGUGCUGAUAAAGGGUGAGAAAUUUGGGCGGGCGGGGUGGCAGGAAAAGCAGGCUGCGACACGGGAGUACGUAUUGGGUGGGGACAGGGAGAAAGGAGGGGGUGAGGAUACGAGGGAAAAAAAGAAGGGAGAGGGAGGGGAUGAGGAGACACAGAAAACAGCAGCACGGAGAGAAGGAGUGCGCAUUGUUGCGAUUGAUUUGCAGCCUAUGAGUCCGCUCGAAGGCGUCACGACAAUGCGGGCAGAUAUCACGCAUCCAUCGACGAUACCCCUCAUGCUCAAGGCACUCGACCCAGACACGUACGACGAGACCAAUGCCACGAGCGGCUCUUCGCCCGUCGACCUGGUGAUUUCCGACGGCGCGCCCGACGUCACUGGGCUGCACGACCUGGACAUUUACGUGCAGAGCCAGUUGCUGUGGGCGGCGCUGAACCUUGCGCUGUGCGUGCUCAAGCCCGGCGGCAAAUUCGUCGCCAAGAUUUUCCGCGGCAAAGACGUCGACCUGCUGUUUGCGCAGCUCAAGAUUGUCUUUGAGCGAGUGCGCGUGGCCAAGCCGCGGAGUAGUCGUGCAAGCAGUAUAGAAGCCUUUGUCGUGUGCGAGGGCUUCUGCCCUCCAAAGGGUUUCACAGCCAGUCUGGACAAACCGCUUGGCGCAGGCACGCAACUACCCGCACCCGCCGGUGCAUCGGAUGGCGCACCGCAGCUAGAGGAGCAGGACAAGAUGUCGCGCAGAGUUAGAGACGACGGCGCAAUCGAGUUGGACCUCGGCGACGAGACGGACGACCAAGAUGACGUCGAGGAAGGAGGCCAGCGGUGGAUAGCGCCGUUUCUGGCUUGUGGUGACUUGUCUGCGUACGACUCGGAUGCUACCUACCACUUGGCUAAAGAUCGAGUUAGCCUGGACCCGGUGCAGCCGCCGACGGCGCCGCCGUACAAGAGAGCGCUGGAGAUGCGCAAGCUGGCUGGCGGAGCGUAUGGCAAGACAAAGGGUAGAGCUGAGCAGGCUGUGGCGUAGGUGUAGUAGUGAAGUUGGACUGCCCACUAGCCACUGUAACUACACCCAGGCGGCUUUCUGCCCAUACUGAUAUGCCAAUUAUAGCAUGUGCCAUGUGUUGUGAAGCGAGUCGAUCGCCAUGAGGUCAAUUGACACUUGUUACGUAACUGGCUAACAAGAGAGCUGUCUUUCCCAUUGUGUGGUUGAUAGACACGCGUAGGCUGCUCUCCAAGGUAACGUCGAGUCAUGCUAAACUUUGGCGACGCGACGCGAC